CCCAUGUCGGAGAAAGUCCGUUCCACGAAGCUCAAGUUCAAGGGAGAGAAGGGCAAGAAGAAGCGCAAGCGCGACGAGGAUGACGAGGGUAGGCCAGGAGGCAGCCGCCGCCGCGGAGGAGACGACCUCGAACCAGAAGCAUGGGUGCGCCCCGACGCGCCCAACGAGAUUCGUGGACCGACAUUCAUCUACCAUCCGUCCGACUCGUCUCCCAUCUGCAUCACAUAUAAUGCGACAACGAACCGACUUGCUCUUGCGCCUCUUGCCAAAGACGACCCGGAGGAACCCCCUAGCGUGAUGGAACGCACUCCCACCGACGUCUCUCAAGUUUGGGUCACCACUCGUGUUGCGGGGUCUCCAACCAUCAACUUGCGCACAGGAACUGGGGAGGGAAAGUUCCUCUCCUGUGAUGCGCAUGGUAUCGUUGCUGCCGACCGAGAUGCGCGCGGCCCACAAGAAGAAUGGACGCCAGUGAUCAUGUCGGACGGCAUGGUCGCUUUCCAGAAUGUCUACGAGAAGUACCUCUCUAUAGACGAGACCGCUGGUGGCGGCAUCCAACUGCGAGGAGAUAGUGAAGAAGUAGGCUUCAAUGAGCGCUUUUGGGUCAAGAUACAGAACAAGUACAAGCAAGAAGCGCACGCGGAGGAGCGGAAGAAGAAGGAUGCCGCGGGUCCUCCGGAGAUGGACGAGCAUGAGAUCAACAAACUUUACCAAUCCUUCGGCGGUCGCAAUGCGCUUUCGGCUGAGCACAAGAAGGAGGCAAGCAUCGGUCUGAAGAAGGCAAAGAAGGAGGGGCGACUAGCGGAGGCCCUGUUGGACCUUCGCUCGAAGUUGAGGAGCGAUCGCUUUUGUUGAUGAAUCUCUGCAUCCCUUCCGUCCAACUACCUGUACAGUAUCCAUGUUCUCAUCUGCUCGACGCUCUGCUUCGCAAUCACAAGCACAGGUCCGCCGUCUUCGACAUAUAAGCCAGAACGGCCUUAUGCUAAGUC